AUGUCAAAGCAGAACAUAAGAGAUAAUGCAAUGAGAUUUAAGAGAGAAAUAAAUAUCAAUAUCGAAGCAACCCAAGACAACAUUAAUGGUAGCGACAGUACAAGUACAAGUAAUGCCGAAUGGACCAACGAAAUGAAAAUUAAUUUAUUAAGGAUUGAAGAACAGGAAAGAAGUAGAAGAAGAGGGUUCAUGAAGAGAAUGAAAGAAGCAUUGGAUUCGAUCUAUGAAGACAAGCCAAUGAGGGCACAGUGUCUGACGGAUAAUGCAGCAAGAUUCCGGAAAGAUAAAGCGGUAGCAAACUUGAUUGGAGUACGAGAUAGGGGAGAACUGGAACCAGACCAAGUUGAACAAACCGGAAGCAACAGUGAAAAUUCACAAAGCGGAGACUGGGAUGCGGAAAAUGAGGAAGAUCGGGAGAAUGUGGAAGUACUGGUGAACAACGGACAAAGAGAUCAUGAGAACAAGCAAGAAGAUGCAGAGGAAAGGGAAGGAGUAGAGGAAAACGAGGAUGAGAGAGAAAUGCAAAUAAGAUUCAUGGAGAACUUGAAUAAGCUAAGCCCAACGACUAAUCAAAAUAUUGAGGAACGAGAUCGACUUAUUAAGAUAAAAGUGAACAUUAGUGAAACAGAGCUAGCAAACGCAAAUUCUUGA